AUGGCUGCCGAUGAACGACGCCAUUUUUCGAAAUCAAACUGUUUAAAAGCGAAAGUUUCCUGGUGUGGAGAGCGCAAUGUGCAGCGGCGAAAGGUGGCAGGAAAGCAGGAUUAUAUUCCGUUACAUUCGUCCCUGCUGCUCGAGAAGAGGCUUGAAAAUGUACACAAGCCCGUAAGAGGAAGAAGCCGCCAUUGCACCCUCGGGAGCGCUCGGUCUCCUGACACUCCAGACAAAGGCAAAAUAAACAAAACAAACGAGCAAAACGCAUUGUUGUCUCGCGUUAUGAACUCGCUGGCAGCAGAGAUUUCACCGUUUUGUCAAUAUACACGUGUGGAAUCCGAAAUUUCUUUCUCCGCACUUGGAUGAUGGUAUGUUAAUCGUUCUACUAACCAAAGGUAUCGUUUUCCUUUGCAGUACGAAUGGCUACGUGUGCCUGAUGUUUCACAAAAGGGAUAGCCACAUAAUAGAGCUGCAACUGUCGGAAUGGAGCCAACAACCCGACGACGUGUGCAACUCGAGUACGUUCAACUCCCACUCGACGCCGUACACGACGUUCAUUACCCCAGAUCCGAUUACCAGGCAGUGCCCAAACCUUGGCCGCUAUGAAAUCGUGUCCGUGUUGCAUAAUCACAACAGUGACAAAGCGGAGGACAUAUUAGGCGUGGAUGGUGAACCGAUGGCGAACGCUGCCGAGGUUCAAGACGUCAGGGUCACGUCGACACCUAAUCCAGGACGAUGUCGCUAUGGGAGUGUUCGCCGAUUAGACAUCGGUUGCAAGACACCGGAUCGUAUGGAGUUUGCUACGUCGUGCAGCGACGAAACACCAGCGGAAUAUUCAUGUCACGGAACUUGGAUCGAAAAUGACACAGCCUAUUUGGUCGCGAGCACCGAGAAGGGGAGAUACUGUCUCGUUUACAGUGCAUCUGCAGCGGCGACAGGAAGUCGCGAGCUCUCGGUGACGGGACAUCUUGCUUCCUGUCCGAGGGCCUCUCAUCGUCAUGUAGUAUCGUGGCAGGUCAACCUCACGUCAAUUGAAAUAUUCCUUCGCGGCAUACGCAAUUGGAGGUUACAAGCUUCCAGUGACGGCUCAUCUUGUUUCCUGUCCGUAGACUUGCCACGAUCGUUUAGUAUCGUGGCGGAUCAACCUCACGUCGUACGGUGA